AUGAGCUCCAUUCCAUCAGAGCUUCCUAUGAUGAGCCUGGCGGUGAAGCUUUCCCGGCAUCCUCCCGCAGUUUGGUGCCAUGAAAGAGCACAGCCGGGUAAGUUGGUGAAGGUGCGACCCGGUGGUAGCUUCAGCUUUGAUCCGGCUGUGGAGGGCCCGGGCCUGAAGAACUUGGUCCUGGUGGCCGGCGGAAUCGGGAUAAACCCACUUUACUCUAUAUUGCAAGAAGCACUUCAUCAUCAACAUCGCCUGCCCUCCUUGCAGCGUGUGUCUCUACUCUACUCGGUGUCCGUUUUUGCAGAGCUCGCCUUCCGUGCCCAGCUGCUCCAGCUCGCUACCUCUGAGCCCAGGCUCAGCUUAGACUUUCGCACCACUCGAGAAGAUCCCGAGGCGCCCGGGAAGCGAGGACGGAUCACCGCGGAGGACGUGGCAGCAUUGAUUCCUAGAGACCCUGCAGAGGACCCAAACGGGUCCCUGGUCUAUGUCUGUGGCCCGCCUAAGAUGACGGACGGCCUGGUUGAGGGACUUGGCCCGGGUCCGACGGGGCUGGGCAUCCCUGCGCAGCUGAAGUACGAGAAGUGGUGGUGA